AUGACGAAAUUAAUAUAUAUAUUUAUUUGGAAAUUAUUUCUGAUAUCUGUUAUUCAAAGUCAAAAAUUUCUUGAAUGUAAAUUUGAUGAUGGUGAAAGACCAUGUAGACUAAAUCCUGUUGGAUUAUCAACUCCAGAAUUAACACUUACAAGUACUAUUACAUUGGACAAUCCAUCAAUAGAUCCAAUAAUGCCCUUAUCCGAUGUAACAUCUAUUAUUACUCCAACUAUGGGAAAUAAUUUAUUAUGUCAAUUACCUUAUAAACUUGAUGGAAGUUCUAAAGAUAUUUAUUUCUGCUCCAAACUUGAAAGUUCAUCGAAUGUGUCCAGUUGUUUUACAGGAGAUUCUUCAGAACAAGAAUGUCUAUCUGGUCAAUAUGUUAUGGCACAACCUUCUGCAGGAGAAAAUCUUACAUAUUUUAUCGAAGUAUUAGGUACAAGUGGUUCUUCAUGUUUGAGCUUUUACUAUUAUAUAACACGACCUAAUGUUGGUCAAAUUGUUAUUUGGUGCACUGAUAUUGUUGGAAAUAUAGUUCAUCAAUUUGGUAAAACUUCGAAUGUAUCAUACAAUGGUUGGCAUCGUACUGAGUUUAGUUUUAGUCCAAAUAUAACUAAUUAUCAACUUUAUUUCGAUUUACAACGAUUUGAAUCUACGGAUGGAUUUGUUUUUAUUGCUCUUGAUGAAAUAAAAGUAACUGGUGAUCGUUGUGAAUCCGAUAUAAUCGAAUCAACUACAAUAAGUACACAUACUAUUCCCACAAUGGAUCAAACAUCUACCACAACAGAAGAAGGCAUAACAUCAUCAAGUAUAUCAACUUCUUCCACAACAACAACAACUAAAUAUCCAGUAGUUACUCCUCCAAAUAAACCCAAUAGUUUGCCAUUAAUUCUUGGUCUGUCUUUGGGUAUCGGUAUUCCUGUAUUACUUCUCAUCGUUGGUGGCUUCAUUUAUUAUCUAAAAGUACGCCCAUCUUUAACCGCCGUGCGAUCCAGUGGUAAUACUGACACUUCAGAUUCUACUAACAUUGCUAUGCAGCCGACUAAUACCAAAAAAUGA